AACAUUCCACAAGAUGAAUCGGUUUGUGCAAAGUUUGAACAGCUACUUAACGAAUCAGAUGUGCGAGAAGCAUCUAACUUUGCGGCUAGGAAUUCAGGAGUCCAUGUUAAUAUAGAGUCCUACCGAUGUGAUUCUAAGGUCAUCCGCGAUUUCAGUUGGACUGGUGCUGAAAGUGUGGAGAAAACUAUGGCAGAGAACAAACAGGAAGAUGAGACGAUGAGGCAUCAAUUUAUUGGCACCUACAGUGGUGUGACCAGAAUGUAUCCCAGACGAUAUUGGAGGAUUGAACCCGCUCCAAUCACCAUCGAUUUGUUUGAUCCGAAAUUUCGACCGUGGUUUGUUAACGCUGAGUCGCCGCCUAAAGACAUCGUUUUCCUUAUUGAUUAGUA